CCUUGAAGGACUAAGAUUUGCUUGAUUUAUCAACCGAAAUGCUGGUUCGGAAAAUCAAAUCCUUGCUUAAAAACAAUUCUCUCACUCUUGACCAGCUAAAACAAGUUCACUCACCAAUCAUCACAAAUGGUUUUUGCCAACUUGAGACCCUUUUCUUGCGUCAAAUUCUACUCUCAACCAGUGGGAAUUCCAGAGUUAUUGCCCAACACAUCUAUGGAACCCUGUUCCACAUGCAAAACCCAGAUGCCUUGUCGUGGGGUUUCGCCGUUCGGUUUUUCUCCGCGAACGGGCAAUUCAAAACCGCAUUUUCCCUUUACGUUCACUUGCAGAGACUAGGACUCUGUCCGAGUUCAUUUGCCUUUUCCUCUUCUCUGAAGGCUUGUGCGAGGAUCGGGCAUAAGUUGGGCGGUCUUUCGGUUCAUGCCCAGGUUUAUAAAUAUGGGGUUUGUGGCUCUGUUUAUGUACAGACUGCCCUGCUGGAUUUAUAUUCGAAAGUGGGUGACGUGAAGAGUGCACAGAAACUGUUCGACGAAAUGCCUGAGAGGAAUGUGGUUUCGUGGAAUUCUAUGUUGUCUGGAUAUUUGAGUUCUGGGGAUUUGGAAAUGGCUAAGAGGGUGUUUGAUGAGAUUCCGAAGAAGGAUGUCGUUUCGUGGAAUUGUAUGAUAACAGGGUAUGCAAAAAUAGGAAAUAUGGAUGAGGCGAUUCUUUUGUUUGAACUUAUGCCUGAAAGAAAUUUGGCGUCCUGGAAUGCGGUGAUAAGCGGAUAUGUGAAUUCUGGGAAUGUGGAAUCAGCGAGAAGAGUUUUUGAUGCAAUGCCUAUGAGAAAUAAUGUCUCUUGGAUUACAAUGAUUUCUGGGUAUUCAAAGUGUGGAGAUGUUUUGUCUGCUCGUUUACUUUUUGACCAGAUGAAUGAUAAAGAAAUGCUUGUGUACAAUGCGAUGAUAGCUUGCUAUGAACGAAAUAACCAACCAAAAGAGGCUAUUGAGCUGUUCAAUCAGAUGCUUAAACCGGGUGUUAAUAUUCAGCCAGAUGAGAUGACUUUGACUAGUGUUAUAUCCGCUUGUUCACAACUUGGGUAUAUGGAUUUUGGGCUCUGGAUUGAGUCAUACAUGAAGCUGCAUGGAAUUCAAAUGGAUGAUCAUUUGGCAAAUGCUUUCAUUGACUUGUACGCAAAGUCAGGAUACAUUGACAAAGCACUUGAACUAUUUCGCGGCUUGAAAAAUAAGGAUUUAGUUUCUUAUUCUGCAAUGAUCUCUGGAUGUGGUGUAAAUGGUAAGGCAGUUGAUGCAAUCAAAUUGUUUGAAGAGAUGUUGAAUGACGGUAUUUGCCCAAAUCUUGUGACUUACAAGGGUCUACUAACUGCCUAUAACCAUGCUGGUUUAGUUGAAGAAGGGUACAAGUGUUUUAACUCCAUGAAGGACCAAGGGUUGUUGCCUUCAGUAGAUCAUUAUGGAACCAUGGUUGAUCUUUUAGGCAGGGCAGGAAGAUUGGAAGAAGCACAUGAGCUGAUAAAGAGCAUGCCAAUGCAGCCUCAUGCCGGUGUUUGGGGUGCUUUGCUUCUUGCUUGUAGGGUUCAUAACAAUGUUGACCUUGGGGAGAUUGCUGCCAGGAAUUGCUUUGAUUUGCAGCCUGGAAAGACUGGUUAUAGUUCUCUCCUCGCCAACAUCUACGCCUCCGUUGAGAGGUGGGACGACGCCGGUAGAUUGAGAGGUGCUGUGGAGGAAAAAGGACUCACCAAGAUACCUGGAUGUAGCUGGAUGGAAUCAGUUUGAAGUUUUUUCAAUAGGAAGAUCAGGCUUAUAGAUCACAGCCAAACGGUUUUGGUUUUGGCACAGACACGGUGAAUUGGUAUUUCGGGUUCCAAUUUUCCUUCAAUGUUGUUAAGUGUGUCUUUGCAUCACAUCAUGAAUAAGGAGUGAAGCAAAAGUGAGACCCUGUUUCAAGUUGGAAAUGUGUAUGGGCCAUUACGCCCAUUAGUAAGGUUGGUUCUUGUAAAGAAUGACGGAAGGAUGCUUCAUAAA